UGGCGACCGUUUUGACAGGAUCUUUCGUUCCUAAGUAUUCACCGGUGUAUGUGCAAAGUUAAUUCUUGGGGUUAUUUUUCAGGCAGCAUAUUUUCACCUCCUCGUGGUUGUCUUGUGUAAAUUUAGUAUUCUGUGUGAAUAAUAGUGGUCAUUAUGGUUGGUAAUGUAUUAGAACUCCUUAGCGGAGAGGGGUGGCAAGAGAGGCUUGCAGAGUUGAAUAGGGAAGACUUGGAAAUUGUAGCGCAGCAUUUUGAAUUGGAAUAUGAAGUGUCCAUAAGAAAGGGUGUAUUGCUAUUGCAAAUUUAUGAAUAUGUUAAAACUGUAAAGGCAGGUGGGGAACAAGAAGUGAAACCUGAUAAAGGACUGUUGUCGGUAGAAAUUUUGGAUAGGCAAAUUGCUCUGAGGCAGAUGGAGUUUGAAAUAGAAAAGUUUAAGGCAGAGGAAAGAGAAAAAGAGAGGCAGCAUGAGAUUGCUAUGAGAGACACAGGUUCCUCAUCUUCCCCUCCCCCUUUCCCAAAUAGGUCAGUAACGCCUGCUAUUAAUUUAGCGCAGGCUCUCAAAUUUGUGCCUAAAUUUGAGGAAAACAAUGUAGCAGAGUUUUUUGUAUCGUUUGAGAGGAUUGCAGCAAGGUUGGAGUGGCUCCAAGAGUAUUGGACCACUCUUAUACAAAGUAAAUUGGUUGGAAGAGCUCAGAGGGUGUAUGUAACUCUGGAGGAGGAUCUGUCAUCAGAUUAUGAGAGUGUGAAGGCUAUUGUCUUGAAGGCCUAUGAGUUAGUCCCUGAAGCCUAUAGGCAACGCUUCAGGAACUUAGAAAAGAUUGUGUUGGUUACGUGGCGGCGAUCCUUCGUUAUCCGAGGGAUGGAGGUUUACGCUUGGAGGUUUUUGCCUCAGUGUGUUUCUGAGCCUCCAACCUUGAAGGGCACGACUAUUGCAGUUGAAACUAUAUUGACUCCUCGCCCUAUUGCAGAGCUACGUCUUGAAGCUGUAUAGCACAUUGGAUAUACUUUCUCUGCAUCAAGGAUAUUUUAUUCUUCAAUUUGUGUACCGCCCUUGGUUCAGUAAAAGCCAAGGGGACCUCUCUGUCCCAAGGUAAUAAGAAUUAUACCGAGAUUUACUUAGAUCACGACUUUGAUCAUCUGCUGACGUCAUUAUUGGAGAUUGUGAAAGCCUAUUCCAACACCAUAGUUUGGGAUCAAUUUUCCCUGCCACCUUGAUUAAACCUCCAGACGUGGAGUGUAUUAUUGUCUUCUAAGAGAAGACCUAUGAAGUUGUUAGGGAUAUUAGUUUGUAUUGGUUAGGUUAUUCUUACUUUUCGCUUGCCUCCUCCUUUCUGGACCCUCUCCCCUUUUAGUAUGUAUGUGUUGAUGACCUGUCUUUAAUCGUAUAAUUGUUUUCUUUUGCAGGGAGUUUAAGAGUGAGUGUUUCUCAUUAAUUAUUGUAUUGUUGAGGUUCAGGUGUUAUUUCUAUCUGAAACUUGUGUAUUAAAAUUAAGUAUAUUUU